AUGGGCAGCGGCGGCGGCGGUAGCCCGACGGCGAGCAGCAGCAGCAGCGACGAUGACGGGGACGCGACGUGGAAGGCGGCCAUCGAAUCCGUCGCUGUCGGGGGGUUCGGCUACCCGCCGUCCAACGGCGCGGCGAAGGCCGCCUCUGGCGGCGGCGACGACAACCACGGGUUGGAGCAGCCGCCGCUGGAGGAGAAGGCCCAAGCGCCCGGGCUUAAGCUUUACCAGAUCAAGGUAAGAAAUAUGUUGGACGAUAUGUUAGAGAAAAAUCUCGAAAUAGUGAGCAAUCCUUGCUCAAACUUGGCUGACCCUGUGGAAACAGGCGGAGGGAUAAAAUUAUUUAAGAAGGCACCACCUGGCAUCAGAAUGGAUGCCAUAGAUAAAUACCAUGUGCAACUCAAGAGGCCAAGGAUUCUUCCCACACCACAGAUUGACGAGAAAUCAAAGAAGUUCAGGCAUAUGGUUCGGUCUGUCGUUGUUGAUGGUAACGACGUACUUGUUUCCGCAAAAGAAGCGUCCCAAAUAUCAUUGGCUAAAAUGGAAGCCAGAGAAACCGCAGCAAAGGCCAAAGCCAAGAGGGAGGAAGAACGGGUGACCAAGCUGAAGAAGGUUAGGGGAGAGAAGUGGCUUCCUUCCAUUGCUAGAGAAAUGAAGAAAGAAAAAGCUUGGGAACAACGGAAGUGAUGCUGGAUCACGUCAGCAGGGCUACAAUUGCUAUGGUCUCUCUUUUAGUGAUGCUGCCGGUUCUUUUAUAACUACUUCACCAGUUGGAGGGAUAGUCGAUAAGAGGACCGUUUUGGAUUAAUAGAAGCAGUGGCAUGAUAGUGAUUUUUUGUUUUAGUCUGGAGAAUGUAUCUCUGGGUAUCAUUUGAGCGCACUCUUUUAGUCAUGGGAUUUUUGUAGCAAGAAUCUGUAGUGUACUAAUGUUCCAGGAUUGUGAUA